GGCAGGUCGUGGCCGAAUCUCCGCUUGCGAGUGGGGCCAGAGGAGAAUGAUGGCAAACCACCUUGUAAAACCCGACUCUAGAAACUGCAAGAGGGCAAGAGAAUUGGAGCCUCAGGUGUCUGAUAGUCCACAGGUAUCUUCUCUUGGAAAAUCAGAGUCAUCUCUCUCUGAGGCUUCUGGACUCUUUUAUAAAGAGGAAGCUCUGGAGAAGGAUUUGAGCGAUAUGAGCAAGGAAAUUAAUCUGAUGUUGUCUACAUAUGCAAAGAUUUUAAGUGAAAGAGCAGCAGUAGAUGCAUCUUACAUCGAUGAGAUAGAUGGACUCUUCAAAGAAGCCAAUAUUAUUGAAAACUUUCUAGUACAAAAAAGAGAGUUCCUGAAGCAGAGGUUUACAGUAAUUACCAACACCCUACACAAGUAAUGUGCCUAUGCCAGCUAAAAGUUUUUCCUGUUACUGCUGUGUUCUUCUUGCUAGAGAAAACAUAUAUUAAACUGUAACUUUUUCUAAAUUUAAAAGAAGUUUUAAGAUAGAUAUUAAUAUGAAGUGUGUAAUAUUUCUUUUGAGGGUCAAAUAUUUGGCACAUUAUAUAAAAAUAUAAAUUAAAAAUUAUAUGCAUGUU